AUGAUAGGUUCUGGAAUUUUUAUAUCACCUGCUUCGGCAUUAGAACACUCAGGUUCCGUUGCAAUGUGUAUUUUGAUAUGGACUAUAUGCGGAAUUGUAUCACUCUUUGGAGCUCUUGCGUAUGCCGAGCUAGGUACGGUAGUCCCAAGAUCAGGGGCGGAGUACGCAUACUUUAUAGAUUCUUACGGACCCCUACAUCCAUUUUGGGGCAAAUUGCCUGCUUUUAUAAAUUCAUGGGUACUUGUGAUUGCCCUAAGACCCGCCGAAGUCGCAGUAAUAAUGUUAACUUUUUCCGAAUACACAUGUCAACCUUUACUGCAUUAUUUAAGAAUAAAUGAUGAAAUAAAUCAAAUGCAUAUUAAGAAAAUGGUUACAUUAAUCUCAAUUGGUUUAAUUACGUACAUUAACAUUUGCAGCGUAAAACUAUACGUCCAAAUACAAAAUAUCUUCAGUUUCUUUAAGGUACUGGCAUGCCUUUUAGUAAUUGGCGCUGGAGUUUAUGAAGUGAGUGUGGGAAACAUACAAAAUUUACAAAAAGGUUUUGAAGGCACUAAAUCCGAUCCUAAAAACAUUGCUUUAGCGUUUUAUAGCGGCCUUUGGGCAUACGAUGGCUGGUAAAUUAUUCUUAUUAAUCAAAUUUAAUACGAAAAGUCUUUCACGGCUGGCGUUAUCAGAAUAGUGCUCGAUAUUCGGUUUUGAUAAUCGUGACCUAGGAUUGGUUUUCCUCCUUGGGUGAGAUCAGCUAUUAGUCCAGGCGAAUUAGCUGAAAAAUCGCCAUUUGGAAUAACCUAAUUUUUGCAUGUCAAUUAGUAAAAAAUUGCGUACAUAUUUAAUAAACUUCUACUCACGCUCACAAGUUUCUUCGUGUCCACUUUUAUGAUAAAAAUCUGUUGCAUUGCAAUUUUGGGAAAAGAAGCCUUUUUUUUAUAGGUAUUAAUCCUGAUUGAAUAAAUAGGUGAGCAGCAAUUAAUUUAUAGGAAGUUUACUUACAAGUGCUUCGGAAAACUAAAGUGUCGUGUUUUGGUGUUGGGGUUUGAGGUAUUUUUUUGUUCUACAACAACCGCCAA